GUAAGGGCCAGGAUAAAAGCGGUACUGACCGUCUAAAAGGCUGCAGCCGAGAUGGAAAAGAGAAAGGAGGCUGAUAGUGAUUAGGAAAAGUGGGUCAUGGUGUGGAACAGUGAAUGAGGCGAAACACAGAGUAAAUUAAGAUAAUCUUAGUUGCCAGAGGCGGGUAUUCUCCAAGAAGCGAACUAUAAAAAAACUACAUACUCAAGAUGAACAAAGUGGAUUAUAUGGAGGUCACUGUACCCAACUAUUCGUUCAUCUUCAACUUCGAAGAAACGUUCCAUCACCUGGACACGAAAAUAUGGAUGACCAAACACUGGACGAACUGUUUCUAUUACUGCGGCAUUUAUAUGAUACUGAUAUUCGGCGGACAGGCUUACAUGUCGAACAGGCCGAAAUUCGAGCUUAGGGGCAUACUUGCGCUGUGGAACACAGUGCUCGCCACCUUCUCCAUUAUUGGAUUUACUAGAACCGCGCCGGAAUUGAUCCACGUGCUCAGGCAUUAUGGGUUUCACCAUAGCGUUUGCAUACCUAGGUACGACUUACUUUACCUCAAUUCGUUUUAUUAUUUAACGUUUAACACUAGAUUGC